GUGCGCAUUUAACCGUUAGAUUUUUUAAAAGAUUUAAUCUUCAAAUUCAGUGAAUAAUGAAAAAGUACUACGGAGUACCGCGAGGUUUGCUGAGGCGCUGUCGGCAAAUCGUCGUCUGUUCUGGUUAACCUAAAAUCUGAAUUAAUUUUUCCUUUGGCGUUGAUCCACGUGUUGAUCCGUUCGCGGUGUUGAAAAUUGUUUUCUGUUUGAUGAAAAACGUGAAAAAUAUUUUAAAAUAGAUUCCAAAGUUGUAGUCUCAGAGCUAAUUGACUCUUGAAGCAUGGACUUGGAUCUUAUUCAAGAUUUUGCAGUUGGUUUUUGGUUUCUUGCCUAGAAGAAGGCCGGAAAUUUGCAGAUGGGAACAUACGACUCCCAUCUAAUACAACACCCUUGCAAAGUUCCCUUAUUUUUGCAAUAAGAACAAAUCAUCACGUUUCGCGAGAACCACCUUUGGAAGAUGUUAGAAAAUGCAAAGAAAUAACAGAAUUUCUUUUGAGGGCAGGCGGAAACGUAACUUUUCGUGAUCAUCUCAAGAGAACUGCACAUUUUUAUGGCCUGGCGAAAUUUUGUACAUUAGCAGUGGUUUCAGCAGAGGACUGGAAUAACUCUUUCAUAAAGAGAAAAUCAAGCCCAAUGGAAGCAAGCUUUUCUUUCAGAAGCUGCUCAAACACUCAUGUUCAACUACAACGGCAAAGAGCGAGUUCAAGAAAUAAAUCAGGAUAAUGAAUAUAAUUUUGCGGCUGGGACUUCUUAUCACUAUGGCACCUCCGGAAGAUAUGACACUCCAGAGAUUAACAAAUUUAUGAAAAACUUCAAUGAAGACAAAACAAUUUUCCCUUAUAUUCUCCGUAAUGACAGAUGCAAGAGAAUCUCAAAAAUGGCAAUAAAAAUGUUUGCACAAAUAGAAAGCGAAAUUGAAAAGAAUGUUGCUGCAAAUAUUCGGGUGGAAUUUUUGUUGUCAAAUUUUUACGAAAAAGUAGAAAGAGGUCUUAUGUAUGACGAGUACAUCAACGUGAUUGCUUCUCAAUUUUAUAAUGCUGAUGAAAUACUGCCUUACUUAAUUUUUCAGAAGAUAUUGUUCCUUUUGCCGGCUUAUGAUAUGAAAAAUAUUUGUAAGACUAAUUGCUAAUUGAAAAUAAAUAUAUAUUACUUAUGUCCGUU